UUAAAUAUAAUCAAUAAUAUGCCCAAAAUGCGGGGUAAUGUGUGCUUGUAGGCUACAAAAUUCGUUGUAGCAGCGAUUACGAACAAAAACCACGCAUUUUAGCCCAAAACUAAUUAAAAUUAUAGUGCUAAAACACUUACAGCAACGGUGGCUGUCCCGUGUGGCUGGAAUACGCGUGUGAAAGUCAAUGCGAAGAGUGUACAAAGCAAGUGAAAAUUGUAUUUCCAUCGUUCGAGUAGCAGCAGAAGCAGCAGUACCACAGAGCAAUAAAAAACGCAAGCAAGCAUAGUGCGUGUGUGUGUGUUUUUUUGUGUACGUGUUUGUGUAUGUGCAUGUCGAUUAUGUGAGUGUGUGUGUGCGCAAAGUGUAUGCAAAAAGAAGAAGAAAAACAGAAGAGCAUUACAAAAAGUAGAAGGAAAAAAAAACAGCGUAUUGUUGGUCGUCUGACGACGAGUUUCACGCGCCCAACAGCACCAACAAAAGCAAAGCAAUAAAGAGAGUGAGAGAGAGACAGAACGAGAAGAGCGAGAAAACCUGUGUUCUGUGCAAAUUAACCAAAAUAUACAUUUCCGGCCGCCCGCGCCCCCUCGCUGAGCAUCCAACAGCCGCUGUUCCCCACCCCCCCUGCAAUAUCUUACCCUCUACGGAGACUGUGGAGAGAGACCGGGCCGCCUGCUGCUGGAGCCGCUGCCGCUGGGAGGAACGCCGCCUGGAAAGGGGCUCAUCGGGCACAUUUACCCUGGAUUCAUGUUGAAUUUUCAUAUCGUAGAGGGCAUAAAAAGGCUUAACACUGGACCGGAAGCGUGUUUUUAAAGGGUGAUGGCGGCCUCCACUCAAGGAGAAAUUCGAGUGGGUCCCGGCCACCAGGUAAACGAUGUCUAUGCAAAACUGCCCGAUUAUAAUCCAAUCUCAAGCUUCCCCAUCGACAAGGAAACCGAUGAACGUGAACUAGAGGAAUCAAGAUGGAGUCCAGGCGUUGUGGCCGAUGGCGAUUUGUUAAUGUUCUUGCGUGCUGCCCGCUCGAUGGCCGCAUUUCAAGGAAUGUGUGAUGGCGGACUAGAAGACGGUUGUUUGGCUGCCAGUCGCGACGACACAACAAUUAACGCACUCGACGUGCUCCACGAUUCUGGCUACGAUCCAGGCAAAGCUCUACAAGCACUAGUUAAGUGCCCCGUUUCGAAGGGCAUCGACAAGAAGUGGACCGAGGACGAAACGAAAAAGUUUAUCAAGGGUCUGCGACAAUUUGGCAAGAAUUUCUUUAGGAUCCACAAGGAUCUGCUGCCGCACAAGGACACCCCCGAGCUGGUCGAAUUCUACUAUCUGUGGAAGAAGACGCCCGGCGCGAACAACAAUCGGCCGCACCGGCGACGCAGACAGAGCGCCCUGCGACGCAAUCGUGUCACGCGCGCAAAUAAUAAUACACCUCCCAAGAAGGAGGACACACCGGAACCACAAACUGCGACGACGGCGGCGACGGCGACGGGGUCGGCGUCAGAGACGGCGAGUCGCUCAUCGCCCGCUGUCUCCAAGGAGGAGAACAGCUCUCUCACCGAGGACGACGCCAGCGAGUGUGACAGUGAUUCGAGUCUGACCAACAAAAGGGAUGAAUCACCCUCUAGGAUGAGGACGCGCAAUAAACAACAGAAUAACAACAACAACAACAGCAAUAACAACAACAGCAGCAGCAACACCACCACCAACAGCAGCAGCAGCAGCAGCACGGCCAGCAAUAGCGGAGGUGGCGGCGGUGGUGCGUCCGUCGGUGGCAGCUCUGCGGGAGGCGGAAGCGCUGCUGCAGGCGCCACGGCCACCAACAGCUCCUCGAAGGAUCAGUCCACCACCAACAACGCUGUGGCCAAUGGCAAGCGGCCUAAGCGAGGCUCCGAGACGCCCGAUGCCGGCGGUGGAGCCUCCUCGGUGGACAGUCCCAAGACUCCGACCAAGGCUGUGGCCGAGAGUUCGGCUACCAAGCGCAAGGGCGGCAAACAGGACACGCCCAACAAGAAGAAGCGCACCGAACAGGAGCAGGCGAACGACCAGGCAGCCAAUGCUGGUGUGGGAGCGGGCGGUGUCGGUGGAUCGGACGAAAACAUCAGCAGCUUGAAGGAGAAGAGAAAGCAGCAGCGGCCCGACAGUCCCGUGGAGAGCAUGAACUCGGACAGCAGGCCGGACUCUGUGCUGGACGACGGCGAGUCGAAUACCACGGACACGACCACCGCCGAACAGCAGUCGACCAAGGACAGCAAGGAGUUGAUGCUCAACUGCAAGGAGGAGCGGGAGAUGGCCACCAACGAUGGUGAUGGCCUCCACCUGGAGCCCAAAACGGAGGAGAAGUCCAUCAAGGCAGAGGUCGCCUCGGAGGACUGCAGCAAGGAGGCGCUCUCGAUCAAGAACAUGGACGAGGAGACGAACAUCCAGGCUCCGAACAGCGUGGAUGGGCUGCUGCUUAAGGAUUCCCCUGCCAACACAAUCCAGCAGGACUGUGGUGUGCCUCCGGUUAAUACCGUGGCAGCGCCCCUCACCAUGAAGGUGCCGACCAUUGCCACCGUGGAGGCGCUGAAUGCCUCCGUGGAGCGCAAGGAGGCCAUCGAGAAGAUGGAGACCUGCGAGAGCGAUCCCGAUCUGCUCAAGAAGCUGGCCACCAUCAAGCAGGAGGUCUCUCCCCAACAGCAGCAUCAGCAACAGCAGCAGCAGCAGCAGCCGCCCCAGCAGCCGCCGCAGCAACAGCAGCAGUUGAAUCCCAUAUCCAUUCAGCCGCCACCUGCGUGUCCGCCCACGGAGGCGGUGUAUAUCAAGAAAGAGCCCAUGGACGAUUCGAUGGAUGCCACCUGCAAUCAGAACAGCAACGAACCGCAGGACCUGAAGGUGAAGAUUGAGAUCAAGAACGAGGACUCGCUGAAGCACAACGCGGGAGGACUGCCGCUCACGGGGCCUGGGGUGCCGCCCACCUCCAUGCAUUCCCAUUCGAUGGCCGGUGGCGAGAGUGGGCAGCCGCCUUUGGGUGAGCCGCUGCAUCUGUCGCAUCUGCCACACGGCCAGCAGCCGCUGCAGCCACCUCCCGCCAGCUAUCUGAUCGAUGCCCAGCUGAAGUACGGCCCGCCGGGAGGACAACAGCAGCAACAACAGCAGCAGCCUCCACAGCUUCCGCAGCUGCACAGCGAUCCGGCUGGAGCGGGCGGCAAUGGACCACCCCAAGGCGGACCCAACACAUCGCAAAAGUACCCGCCCGAAAUGGAGAUGAAAUUCACGCCGCAGGAUCUCAAGUAUCCGCCGCCACCGCCGCUGGACGCACUCAAGUACAGCCAGGAGAUGCAGGCGGUUGCCGCUGCAGCAGCCGCUGCUGCCGCCGCCGCGGCUGGCAAGUACGACAUGAAGUACAUGAUUGAGCAGCCCGGCAAGUAUCCGGUGGAGUUGUCCGCCGCUCAUCAGCCGCCAUUGAAGCAGGGCUACCAGGAUUCCCUGAAGAUACCCGACGUCAAGUCGGGCUUUGGCCAUCUGCCGCACAACAUGGCCUCCCAGCUGGACGUGGCCCACAAGUACGGACCACCGCCGACGUCCCAGGAGCAGCAGCAGCAGCAGCAGCAACAACAACAACAACAACAACAACAACAACAACAACAGCAGCAGCAGCAACAACAGCAGCAGCAGUCCCAGCCGCCGGCCCAUCAGGUGCCGCCGGGUGCCACGCCACCGCCGGGCAUAGCCAUGCCCAAGCCGCAUUAUCAGCACGAUGUGCAGACGCCGCCAUUGGGACGGCCCUUCGAGCCUGGAAUGAUGCACAAAUACGGAGAUCCUCUGGCGGCCAAAUAUGGCCCGCCCCAGCCGCAGGAUCUGAAGUAUCCGAUGCCACCAGUCGUCUCCGCGGCGGGACCCGUGGACGUGAAGCCAUACGGCGAGAACCUGAUAAAGUCCUCCCCGUAUGGCCCGCCCCCAGAGAGCCCUAUAGACGCCUCGUCGCGCUCGACGCCAGGCCAGGACAGCCAGGGCAGCAACAGCAACUCGCAGCCCUCGUCGAUGGCCCCACAGCCGCAGCAGUUCCAGUCGCCGCAUCCCUCGCCUCACAUGCCUUCACCCGCAGGCGGCGGCCUGCCGCCUGGGAUGCAUCCUCAAAAUCUCAUCCAUGGCCUGCCGCCGGGUGGGGCCGGUGGACCCCAGCCACCGCCACCGCCCACAUCCCUGCACCAGUCGUCGAGUGGUGCGCCGGGCGUUCCGCCGGGUAUGCAUCCGGGACUGCAUCCGGGACAGCAUUCGCAGAUGUCGGUGGCCUCCUCGAUGCCGCCCAGCUCGAUCGGGAUACCACCCACGCUGUCGACGAUGGCGCCCUCGCAUAUGCAUCCCCACAUGCAUCCGCAUCAUCUGCAGCAGGUGCUCCAUCGGCCGCACGACAUGCCACCCAGCAUGCAUCCGCACGCUCCGAUGACCAUGUCCCUGCAAGGACAUCCGCAACAUGGUCACGGACUGCCGCCCUCCCACGCCCCCCAACAGCAGCAGCAGCAACAGCAGCCGCCUGGAGGUCCCGCCGGCACAGUGCGCACUCCAUCGCCAGCCCAGCAUCCGCCACGCAGUCUGCACGAUCCCCAGUCGCGGGAGCAGCCGCCCACGUCGCAGCCCUCGACAACGAUGGCCGGAUCCGGCGGUGGUCAUGGCAAUCCGCACCAAUCCCCGCAUACGCAUCGCACAUCGCCGCUGCCGGGACUGGCGGGGAAUGGCCAUCCGCCGCCGGGGCUCAUUGGCCACCCAAUGCCCAUACAUCCGCAUCUGGCGCAUCUUCCGCCGGGUCAUCCGGCCCAUGCGGCUCUGGCACAUCCCGGACACCAUCUGCUGUCGCACUCGAUUGCCGGUCUGGGGCCGGGCGGCGGACCCAUCGCUCUGCUAGCGGGUCCCGGAGGACUGGGCGGCCUGCCCGAGUCCGCCCUCAGUCGUCGCACCCCGCCCAGCCAUAUGCCCCACUCGCACGUCUCAUCGGCACCGAAUACGCCCCAUUCGGUGGCCUCGAUGACGUCCAGCAGCAUGGCUCUGACUACCAGCACGGUGCCGUCGUCGGCCUUCAGCCGUGCCAGUCCCAGCGUUCAGAUCUCGAGUGGAGCCGGUUCAGCCGGACCUGGCAGCAGCAGCAGCAACACACCUGGCGGUGGCCAGAGCAACUCCUCGGCAGCCGCAGCAGCAGCAGCUGCCCAUCGAGCAGCCUCUCCAGCCUCCAGUGUGAGCAGCCUCAGUCGCCAGAGCCCGCUGCAUCCGGUGCCGCAGUCGCCGCUUAGCCAUCAUCCCUCAUCUUCGGCAUUGUCGGCGGCAGCGGCAGCCGUGGCCGAGCGGGAUCGCCAUGCCCUGCUGCGACAGCAGUCUCCGCAUAUGACGCCGCCACCCGUGUCUAAUGCCUCGGGACUGAUGGCCAGUCCGCUGAGCAAGAUGUAUGCCCCGCAGCCGGGCCAAAGGGGGCUAGGAACGUCACCGCCGCCGCAUCUGCGACCGGGAGCCUCACCGCCGGUUAUACGGCAUCCGCAAAUGCCGCUGCCAUUGCCCCUGAUUGCGCCGGGAGGAGGCAUUCCACAGAUCGGAGUGCAUCCCGGCCAGUCGCCGUAUCCACAUCCACUGCUGCAUCCCUCGGUCUUCUACUCGCCGCAUCAUCAUCCCUUCAACUCGCAUUACGGCUAUGCACCGUACGGGCCUGGUUUCCCGGCCUACAUGAAGCCGCCUCCACCGUCGGGACCUCUGGAUCCUGCCGCCGUGAUGGCCGCCCACCAUGCCGGCCUGCAGGGUCCGCCGCAGCAGCAGCAGUCGCGACAGGACGAGCAGAACGCCGCCGCUGCUGCUGCGGCGCGAGAUGCAGCCGAGAAGCAGCACCAUCAGGCGGCGGCCGCAGCGGCAGCCCAGCAGCAACAGCAGCAGCAGCAGAUGAAGGGCCCGCCCCAGCAGCAGCAGCAGGGCGGUCCGCAGCCCAACAAGCCGCCGACGCCAAAGACGCCCCAGGGUCCAGGGGGACCGGGUGUGCCAGUCGGCAUGGGUGGGCCCGGAACGCCGACGGGCCUGCCGCCGGGUGCCUAUCCGGGCUCCCAUAUGCCCGGCUACCCGCCUGGUCCGCCGCACGGCUCGCCUUUUGCCCCGCAAGAUGGUCAGCCGCACGGCAUGAAGCCCACUUCCCACAUGGAUGCCCUGCGAGCACACGCGCACUCGGCCAACUCGGCCGGCAUGGGCGGAGGCCAUCAUCCAACGGAGCCAUUGCCCAUUGACAUUGAGCCGGAUCCGGAGCCAGAUAUACCCAGUCCCACGCACAAUAUACAACGUGGUCCCAGUCCCGAGGCUAAGCCGGACGACACCGAAUGCCAUCGCUCCCAGUCUGCCAUAUUUGUCCGGCACAUCGAUCGCGGAGAUUACAAUUCCUGCACGAGAACGGAUUUGAUUUUCAAGCCGGUGGCCGACUCGAAGCUAGCCCGAAAACGGGAGGAACGGGAUCGCAAGCUGGCCGAGAAGGAGCGCGAACGGCGGCAGCAGCAACAACAGCAACAGCAGCAGCAACAACAGCAGGCAGCAGCCGCUCAACAGGCGGCCCAGCAGGCCAAAAUGAAGGCGGAACUAAAGCCCCCGUAUGCAGAUACGCCAGCCCUGCGACAACUCUCCGAAUACGCACGCCCCCAUGUCGCCUUCAGUCCUGUUGAGCAGAUGGUGCCAUAUCAUCAUCCAAUGGGCCCCAUGUACAGAGAGAGGGAACUGGAAGAGAUCAAGAACGCACAAGCCGCCGCGGCGAGUCAAUCCCGCCUCGAUCCGCACUGGAUGGAGUACUACAGACGCGGCAUACAUCCCUCACAGUUCCCACUCUAUGCGAAUCCGGCGAUAUCGCAGAUGGAGAGGGAACGUUUGGGUAUACCGCCACCGCAUCACGUAGGCCUUGAUCCGGGCGAGCACAUGGUGCGUAUGAUACGAUUGACGAGAGAAUAUCAUGCACACUCUCAUACUCAUUUACAUUUGCCUUUGCAUCCACAGCCGCAACCACCGGAGGCCGGUUUCCAACUGCCACCGAAUGUUGGCCAAUAUCCACGCCCAAAUAUGCUUAUACCUAGGGAGCCGCACUCGGAUGUCCUGCUGCGCAUGUCCUAUGCCGAUCAACUACAGGCCGCCGAGUUCCAGCGACAAUCGCUGCACGAUCAAUACUUUAGACAACGGCCCAGAUAAGUGGACAGGCGGCAAUUGUAGAGACCAAGCAACUGAACAAAGAACAUACUCCCUGGCCCACCCACCCCCUGAGGCCGUGAGGAAAUGCUUUGUGUGAUUUUUGUGUUCAAACGUUUUACAUUUUGUUUUCCACAAACACUCCAUAAUAUCAUCCUCGACAAGAACAACAACCAGAACCAGAACAAUAGCAGAGACAACGUAUGGCAUCUCGAGCACAUCCAGAAACUAAGCGAACUUUAAGUUGCGCAACGUCCUUUCAUGAUUUUAUGUGAGAAAAAUCAGCUGCGUUGAUGGGGAUCAUCGGAUAUUGGAUCUCGAAAGACUACUACAACAACACCCACACGAACACCACGAGACACCAGACACCACUUACUGACCAAGGCAUACAGAAUCAAAAGAGAAAAAACCUUCAACUACAAGAAAAGCAACUACAAAACUAAACUAGACAAAAAAAAACACGAUGGUCGCAAUAUUUUAAGUAUCCUCUUUAUAGUGUAUAGUGUUAAAUUCUAAAACCUAAACCAACAAGAUGUUAAAUAUCGUUUAAGAUUACAAAACUGAUAAGGGCAAUGGAACAAACCAACCAACAAACAAAAAACAUGGCACACACAAACUUUUUUUGAGGUCUUCAAGCCACGAGUAAAAAUGUGCAGCACUUUGACUAAGAUCUUUACGGAUAGGCACGAAUUGAUCAGAUAACUAAGCAAAAACCAACCAAAAUACUUGCUGCAGGAGGCAAGGUACAUACAAAUAUUAGUAUAGGAAAAGUAAAGGAGUGGAGUUAAAGGAGCUUCAAUGGCAAAGAAGAGAUCACAGAAUUAAUUUCUGAUUGAGACAUAAAAAUGGAUAUUUAUAUUCGAGUGUAUUGUACAAACGGGUUCGCGGACAUGGAUUUUCUUUUUUGACAAAAAAACACUUGUACACUCUACUUGGCAUAGAUACUACGAAAGAGUAUAAUUUAAAUGUACUUCCACAAAGCCACAAAUGAACUAAUCUAAUUUAUGGAUCGAAUGAUCGUACGAUUGCUGCUUAAUUUUUUCGACUGCUUAGCUAAAGACGAACGGAAUCCAGUUUACCGAUUCCUGUAGUCCCUAGGGUGUUAUAUUUGUGUUAGCCUAGAGCCAGCUUUGCUUACCCACUAAUUGCUACUCAUUAAUUUAUUUUUUUUUUUCUAUGACUAGAGUAUUAUAUAGAAUGGGGCAACAGUUUUGUAAAAAGUGCAUAAUAAAUAACGGAAUAUUGAUUAUGG